GACGAUAUUGACGUGACCAAAAACACGAUCUACAUUGAUAGGAAUACUGUCAGCUUAGCCAUCGAUGCGACAAAACUCAAUCAUCUCGGUGUAGCCUGGUCUUUAACUGUGAAAACCACGACUGGAUCAUGUUAUGUUCAGGCGCGCGUCAUCUCCUCACUUACAGUAUUACCAGGUUUCACGUCAAGCGGCAGCGACUUUGUGGCAGAUUCGCCAUUUUCGGCAAGGGAUAACAUCUGCGGGGAAGGAGCACCAAAUCAGUUCGGCGAGUGCGUUUGUCCUACAGGAUACAGCGGAGAGUACUGCGAUAAGCCGACUUGUAAGAACGGCGGCACGAGAUCGAUGUCGAUCUGUGUAUGCAGAACGGGUUACUAUGGACAGCUGUGCGAAUCAAGCGUUUUUCCACUGCCCAGUACUUCACCACCGACAGUGCCUACAACAACGGUGGCACCUGAAGCGUCCACCAACAAGGCACAUGUCUUUUACUAUUUGUUUAUUGUUAUUUUCUCAGUUGCCUUGUCUUUGUUUUAA